AUGUUUCCACAGUCAGGGAAAUCAAUUGUGUUUGACAACUUUCCUGAUCCAUCUGACACCUGGGACAUCGUGGAAACCAUUGGCAAAGGGACCUAUGGAAAAGUUUAUAAGGUGCUUAACAAGGUCGAUGGAAGCAAGGCAGCUGUCAAAAUACUGGAUCCCAUUCAUGACAUCGAUGAGGAGAUUGAAGCUGAAUACAAUAUACUAAAGGCCCUGUCAGACCACCCCAAUGUGGUCAAAUUCUUUGGGAUGUUUUACAAGAAAGAUGUGAAGAACGGAGAUCAACUGUGGCUUGUGCUGGAGCUCUGCAACGGAGGCUCUGUGACAGAUCUCGCCAAGGGGAUGCUGAAAAGAGGAGACAGAAUGGAAGAGCCUGUAAUUGCCUACAUCUUACAUGAGGCACUCAUGGGGCUCCAGCACUUACACGUCAAUAAGACCAUCCAUCGAGACGUCAAGGGCAAUAACAUUCUUCUAACCACUCAAGGAGGGAUCAAGCUAGUUGACUUUGGGGUAUCUGCCCAGCUGACCAACACCCGUCUCCGUAGGAACACCUCCGUUGGCACGCCCUUCUGGAUGGCUCCAGAGGUAAUAGCAUGCGAGCAGCAGUUGGACUCGACAUAUGAUGCGCGUUGUGACGUCUGGUCUCUCGGUAUCACCGCCAUUGAGCUUGGAGAUGGAGACCCGCCCCUUGCAGAUCUCCACCCAAUGAGAGCUCUCUUUAAAAUUCCCAGAAAUCCACCCCCUACGCUGCACCAGCCAGAGCUGUGGUCCAGUGAUUUCAAUGACUUUAUCUCCAAAUGUCUGAUAAAAGAUUUUGAACUGAGGCCGAAUGUUCUGGACCUCCUGCAGCAUGUGUUCAUCAAACAGAUUGUUGGACGUGAGAAGACUCUUCAGAAACAGUUGAUGGAGCUCAUUGAUCUUAACCAGCAGAUUGGGACCGUAGAGAAAACGAGCCAUCACGGAAAGACAGAGAGAAGUGCAGACAGUAAUGACAGGCAUGAACGAAUACACACUAAAAAAGGUAGCUACAUGAAAUCUCAGGACCAAGCUGGGGACGGUGUGGAUGACCUGGCCACACUGGAAGUGCUUGAUGAGAAUGGAGUCACAGAGCAGCUACAGAAACGCUAUGCAAAGGACCAGAUCUAUACCUACGUGGGAGACAUCCUUAUUGCAGUCAACCCCUUCCACAAGAUGGAUAUUUACACCCCUCAGCACUCAAUAAUGUAUAUAGGAGCGAAGCGCGCGGCAAACCCACCGCACAUAUUUGCCGUCGCUGACAUUGCCUACCAGUCUAUGGUCUCAUACAACACAGAUCAGUGCAUUGUAAUCACUGGAGAAAGUGGUGCAGGGAAGACAGAGAGUGCACAUCUACUGGUCCAGCAACUGACAUUACUCGGAAAGGCCAACAAUCGAACGCUGCAGGAGAAGAUCCUGCUGGUGAAUAACCUGGUGGAGGCGUUCGGUAACGCGUGCACCGUCAUUAACGACAACUCGAGUCGCUUUGGAAAGUACCUGGAAAUGAAGUUUACCUGCGGAGGGACAGUGGUUGGUGCACAGAUCUCCGAAUAUCUCCUGGAGAAAUCGCGUGUCAUACACCAAGCUGUUGGGGAACGUAAUUUCCAUAUAUUCUACUAUGUUUACGCUGGUCUGGCAGAGAGGAAGAAACUUGCCCACUACAAACUGUCAGACAGUAAAACUCCAAAGUAUCUACAGAGUGAGCAGAUAAAAUUAGUGCCUGACAUUGUAAGCAAUCCCUUCUACAAAGAGCAGUUUGAGGGAGUGGAGCAGUGCUUUAAAGUCAUUGGCUUCACCCUCGAGGAGCUUGGGAGUGUGUACAGCAUUCUCGCGGCCAUAUUAAACGCUGGUGAGAUUGAAUUUGCCUCAGUAGCAUCAGAACAUCAGACGGACAAAAGCAACAUCUCUAACAUGGGGGUUCUGGAGAACACCGCCUCCCUGCUCUGCAUCCGCCCAGACGAACUGCAGGAGGCCCUGACGUCUCACUGUGUGGUGGCACGGGGGGAGACCAUUGUGAGGCCCAACACGGUGGAGAAGGCCACGGAGGUGCGGGACGCCAUGGGCAAAGCCCUGUACGGACGCCUUUUCAGCUGGAUAGUCAACCGUGUCAACUCCCUGCUGAGACCUGACAACCAGCUGGGAGAAGAAGACAAGGAUCUGAAUAUCGGCAUCCUUGACAUCUUCGGCUUUGAAAACUUUAAGAGAAACUCAUUCGAACAGCUCUGCAUUAACAUCGCCAAUGAACAGAUCCAGUUCUACUUCAAUCAGCACAUAUUUGCCUGGGAGCAGGAUGAAUAUCUGAAUGAAGAUGUAGAUGCACGAGUAAUUGAGUAUGAGGACAACCGGCCUCUGCUGGAUCUGUUCCUGCAGAAGCCCAUGGGCAUGCUGUCUCUGCUGGACGAGGAGAGCCGCUUCCCCCAGGCCACAGACCAGACCCUCGUAGAGAAAUUUGAAGACAACUUGAAAUCUAAAAACUUUUGGAGACCAAAGAGAGUUGAUCUUGGCUUUGGUAUACAUCACUACGCAGGAAAGGUGAUUUAUAAUGCAAGUGGAUUCCUGGCCAAGAACAGAGAUGCCCUCCCUGCUGACAUAGUACUUCUGCUACGCUCCUCGGAGAAUGAGCUCAUCCGCAAACUAGUCACUCACCCCCUCACUAAAACAGGUAACCUGGCUCACACAAAGGGCAAGACCAUGGGUGCUACUCGCAUGGGGACACGGACUCAUCAGCGCACUGUCAACUUUGCAAAGAUGGGAGUGCUUACGUUGUUCAGUUCAUUUUCAUUCAGUGAGCCUUUCCCUCGGAAAGUAAUGCUCACUCCUGAAAAAAAAAAUAGGCAUGCCUUGCCUCUUGAUCCCCAAGUUCAUGUCCAAACGGGGGAUAGUUCGGGCGACAGUGCGCAUCAUCCCAGAGAGACUACAAAUAUGAGAACCCAAACUGUGGCUUCCUACUUCAGAUACUCACUGAUGGAUCUGCUGUCAAAGAUGGUAGCUGGGCAGCCGCACUUUGUCCGCUGUAUUAAACCUAACAAUGAUCGCCAGGCCAACAAGUUUGACAGGGAGAAGGUUCUGAUCCAGUUGCGCUACACGGGCUUACUGGAAACAGCCAAGAUCCGCAGGCAAGGCUACUCUCACCGCAUCCUCUUCUCCAACUUUAUCAAGAGAUAUUAUAUUCUGGCUUUCCGAGCCAACGAGGAGCCACCUGUCAGCCCAGAAACAUGUGCAGCCAUUUUGGAGAAGACCAAACUUGAAAACUGGGUUCUUGGCAAAACAAAGGUCUUUUUGAAGUACUAUCAGGUGGAACGGCUGAACCUGAUGGUGAGGAAGACCACAGACAGAAUUGUUUUAGUUCAGGCAUAUGUGCGCGGUUGGCUUGGGGUCAAGAGAUAUCGGAGGAUAUUGGAGAAAAGAGAGCAGAGUGCUGUGGUCCUGCAGUCAGCAUACAGAGGACACAAAGUUAGAAGAAGAGUUGCUGAUGAUAAAAGCAAAGCUAAGUUAGACACCUUCAUUACCCAGUUUCAGGCGGUAUGCAGAGCAUAUCUAGCGAGAAAGAAGUAUAAGGCAUUAGUGGAUGAGAAGAACAAGGCGGCUGCUAAGAUCCAGGCCCACUACAGAGGACACAAAGAGAGGAAGAGUUUCAAAAAGAAGAAGGAAGCCAUGCAAAAAGAGAAGAGUCAGGCAGAGAAACAAGAGGUGAGGAAGGAGGAGAUCCCAUCAGAGGUUGCCAGUCCAGUCACAGAGGAGCAGGCAAAGGGAGGUGAAGACAUUGGUGAGGAAGAUGAAACCAAAGCAGCAGUGGUCCUUCAGAGUAACUAUAGAGGUUACAAAGAAAGGAAGAAGUUUAAAGAGCGGAGGAAGACAUUAACUGGAGAUGAAUUGGCUGCUACUUCAUCCCACCCUGGAGAUAAAGACCAUACAGAACACCCUGCAGCAGGACCUGUCAUCCUGGAGGAAGAGGAGGAGGAGUUGGAAGAGGAGAAGAAGAUGGAGGAUGAAGGUAAGCCUUUUGACGAAGGGGUUGAUGGUGAGGAGGAAGCCAAAGCAGCUACAGUUCUCCAGAGUAAUUUCAGAGGACACAAAGAGCGCAAAAGGCUCCAAGAGGAGGGAAAGCUUCCUGUCAGAGGGAGAAAGACGAAGAGCCCUACCGAGGAGGACCAACAAGCUGAGGAACCCGCUGUAGCUGAAGAGUCAGUAGACCCAGAGCAGAAAAUGAAAGAAGAGGUUGAAGCAGAGGAAGAAACACCAGAACAGCCUACAGGAGGGGAAGAGGAUGAAACCAGGGCUGCUGUGGUGCUUCAAAGCAACUUCCGUGGACACCAGGAGCGAAAAAGGCUGCAGGAGGAGGGCAAGAUCCCAAAGAAAAAGAGGAAAGGAGACGAAACCAAAUCUGAGCUCACAGAACAAAAACCCCAAGAUGAGAAGGUACAAACUUUGCCUGAACAGAAACUAGAACCAGAGCAAGAAUCAGACAAGCAACAACCCAGCACAAGUCAGGCAGAGCCAGAUGAAGAAAAAGCGGCCACCGUUCUCCAAAGCAACUACAGGGGCCAUCGUGAAAGAAAGAGACUGAAGGCAGAAAGAGGGGCAGCCAUAUCACAGGAGGUGACACAUACAGCGCAGGAGGGGAAAGACGAGGAGGUUCUGGAGAAAAUGGACGUUCAGCCAGAGCAAGAGGAGGAGUCUCAGGGUCACGAGGAACGCUAUGACGAGGAACAAGCAGCAGUAAAGAUUCAGAGUAAUUUCAGGGGUUACAAAGACCGAAAGAACCUGAAGGCCGCUGCGCAGAGGGAGGAGGAGGAACUGGAGCACUUCUCUAAGCAGAUAAGCAAGGCCUCUCAGGACUACCUAGCUCUGCAGCAGAAGCUGAAUGAGAUCAUACUGGCCCAUCAAGUUGACCCGAGUACCAACGGCAUGUUUGUGAAAGGAAAGGCCGUCAAUGGCUAUGCUCAACAACAGUCAGAUGAUACGAAGCAGACACGGACACCCCGCCGGACUCAGAAGCCAAAGACGCUGAACACUCCAGAGGACUCUACCUACUAUACCCUCAUUCAUAGAUCUGUACAAGAUGACAAAAGGAAGCCAAGGAAACAAAGCCCUAAAAAACUGCUGGACAUUGAUGACCAGUAUUAUCAAGGCCUUUCCAACAGUAAAUCCAUGGGAUCAUUGCCCAGUGAAAGACGCAUGUCGAGAGACAGACGAGGCUCUACAGAGAGGAGGCGGUCUGCCGAAAGACCAGUGUCUGAAUCGGCCCCACCCAAACCCCCUAAAGAGAAGAGGCACUCCCUUCCCAGAAUGCCUUCCACUGAGAGCCAGACGGAAGACAACCCUUACGACUACAGAAAGAUACUGAGAAAGACCUCCCAGAGACGAAGGCUCAUCAAACAAUACUAA